CUGAAUAUUAUUGAUGGAUUAUUCAUCAUCAUCAACAACAAGGCCUUGGAAUUUCGCAAUGUUGGGUAAAUUCACAGUGUUUAUCUCAACCCUUGCAUUCGGGUUUCUCGUUCUAUAUUGUUCUUCAUGCAACAACUAUGGCCAACUUCUACCUAGCUUGGGCCGGCGAUUCUCUUCUUCUUUCAAUCGGUUCAACUUAUCUUCGUCAAUUGAUGAUCCAGUCCAUGAUGAAUAUUAUGAGCUAAGAAACCUUCUAAAGGCGGCUUCAACGAACGAGAAAACAGUGAUCUUGACGUAUUUAAACGAAGCAUGGGCAGCACCAAACUCCAUAUUUGACAUCUUCUUAGAGAGUUUCAGAAUUGGAAACAACACAUCUUACCUUCUCAAUCAUUUGUUAGUAAUAGCCGUCGACGACGACGCCUAUUCACGGUGCAAGACACUAGUCUCCCAUUGCUAUCUUCUGAAAUCAAAUGCAUCGUCUACAUUGGCUCAUCAAGCUAACUUCAUGACUCCUGUUUAUUUGGAUAUGGUUUGGAGAAGACUUGCCUUCUUGAAAACUAUUUUGACUUUGGGAUAUAACUUCGUUAUCACGGAUACUGAUGUUGUAUGGUUUCGAGAUCCAUUCCCACAUUUUAUCCCCGAAUCAGACUUCCAAACCUCAUGUGAUCGUUUCAACGGCGGACAAUUCGACUUGAACAACUUUCCGAACGUCGGAUUCCUUUUCGCGAGGUCUAACAGUCGUACGAUCAAAUUCUACGAGUAUUGGGUUUCCUUAAGACACAAGUAUCCGAAUUUACAUGAACAAGAUGCAUUUAACAGAAUAAAACAUGAGCCUUCAUUCAAAGAAUUAGGAGUUAAAGUAAGGUUUUUAGAUACAAAUUAUUUUAGUGGGUUUUGUUCAACAAGUAGAGAUAUUAACAAGGUUUGUACAAUGCAUGCUAAUUGUUGUGUUGGGUUAGAUAGAAAAAUUGCUGACCUAAAUACAACAUUAAGUAUUUGGAAAAAUUAUUUUUUGGGAAAUCACACGGCCGUGUCACAACCUUUUCAUUGGACAGUUCCAAGUAAAUGUCACAUGUGAUAGUUUGUCACAUAGACUUCAUUCAGGUGUUUUUGUAAUUUUUGUUUUAAUUUGAUUUGUAUAUCAUCAUUACUUUUUGACUUGGUCGAUGCCCAUGUUAUUAUAUAGAUUUGUUUUUUUCAUUUAUUAUAUACGAAGUAUGAAGUAUAUGGAUUAUGUUAUAAAAUAUAUAUUAGGGUGGAUGCCCAUUAUACCCUUACCCCUAUAUAAUACUAUGUAUAUGUAUAUAUUA